CCCUAUUGUAUCAUUCUUGUUGUCUUAGCCAAGUGGCCCUGCAAAACUUUAACAAUUUCUCCGCCACACAAUACGAAUCAGGGAUUGAGGGGCUCGUGCGACACUUGACUCACGCCAGUCGGACCAAUACACAAUGGUCGUGGAUACGAGACAGACUAGGCGAAAGAGACGAAACAGCUCUACAUCCAGCCAAGUGCCCCCUUCUCCAGCCUCUGGCAAGAAGACUCGUCAAGCCGAGUACCAUACUGUCCCGGCUUCGUCCUGCGAAACCCCCCAUCAGCCCAGCAAAAGGGUUCGGUUCUCAGACCCCGGCCCUGAGCUGCAACAUGACCUAGACUACUCGACGGGCCUCACUCCCGCCAUGCUUCGCACCUCCUUCGAGGAGCGAGCAGAAGAUGACCCCUCGAUGCGCACCCCAAGCCGCCGCUUACGUCGGCGCUCAACCCCUCUUCCUCGGUCUCGCCGCUACAUGGGGUCUCCAAAUGCUGCCCGCGUGGCUUCCCCGGGGUGCGUAGUACAGUUUACACCCUUGCGGCAGCUCCUAGACGCGCGGACGCAGCGAAGGAUCCGGCGGGUAGGGCUGAGCGAUGAGAUCAACCAGCUGGAACGCGAGAAGAGAGAAACCGCUCGGUACCAGAAGACCCUCCAGUCACUGCUACGCGAGCGAGAUUGCUUGAAGCAUGAAUUGGAAUCGGUUAAAAGAUAUCGAACUCUUUCGCAGCGUCAACUGAAUGAUGAAGCUACAUGUCUGUCGCCGCAAUCGAUGGUUGAACAGGUCGAGUCUGAGAAUACCCGACUGAUGGAACAGCUUUCAUUCCCUUCACCGGGUAGCCAUGGUGAACAUGACACGAUAGUUGACACUGAGGGAGAAACAAUGAUUAUCAACGACAGUCGGUGGGAAUGCGAUACAUUGCUGGUCUCAGACUCUCCGGAUUUCCGAGGUCUAGAUUCCGGACGGCUUUUGGUUCCCGAUAAUUUUUCGCUUCUGAGCCAAGGACGUACGGAUGCCGAUGCAUCAACUCAAGCCUCUAUGCCGGACUAUAAACGAGAGGCAGAAAUAAUAGCGCUCUCAGCUGAUCUUGCAGCCGCUAGAAAGGAGAAAAAAGACUUGUUCGAUGCAUGUCGCGCUCGUGUUGCUUCGUUUGAAGGGACGGCAAUUGAGAGUCUUCUUCGUCGACCUUCUCCACCACCAGACUUCCUAGAUCACGUCCUGCCUACAUUAACCCAGACCCUUCGUCACGCUUCUGACGCUGCUGAAGCGCUUGAUCAUAUAAAGGAAGAGCUUUCAGGUCUAGGAUUCCCAGGAGAGAAUGCCAACGACAUCAUCUCUACGAUGCGUGACCAGUUUCGCACAGCUCGCCUCCGACUGGAGCGGGCAAUCCCUGGCGAAACCCCCAAUGCUGGCUUGAGUGACGGCAAUUCAACCCUUGGUGCAUUGGUAAAGCGGGUUGAGAUGCUUGUCAGGAGCCUUCGAAACGAACAGGUACGACUAGAUGGCUCUUUAGGCCGGGAGAAUGCACUCCGGGGUCAAUUCAAUAAUCUGUUGGCUCGGUAUGAGGCUGCAUCGAAGAAAAUCAGAGACCUGGAAGAGUCAAUUACUACCUCCGCCGGAGACAUGCUUCAUACGCGAAUGCGUAUGCAGGAGCUUGAAAAUGAAGGAAAGGAACAGACUGUCAGCAUUGACAGGCUCAAUGCAGCUCUCGACAAAUACCACGAGGAAGUCAAGGGGCUUGAGGCGCUAGUAACGGCCCUAGAAGCAGAUAAAACCAAAAUCAAUGAGGCGCACAAGGAAAUGGUGGAGGAGCUGCAGCGGAAGAUGGAAGGGCAGGAAAGCGCUAUUCGUUCUGCUGAGUCAACCAUUGCAGAGCGAGAAUUACGCAUUCGGGAGUUAGAAGAUACCGUCCAGCGAAAUCACAACCGGGUGUGUGACCUGACGACCAAGGUUGAAUCACUUGAGGUCGAGCGCCAGCAAGCGGUCCAGAGUCUGGCGAAUGAGGCAGCAGAGCAGCAAGAACGCCUUGAACAGGAAGUUGGGUCGAUGAAUGUCCGAGUUUCCGAGCUCAACACGUCACUCGAAGAGGCCAGGUCAGAUAUCGAGAGGCUUCAGCGUAGUAACACUGGGCUGGAAAACCAGCUGCGCCUGGAAGUUGAAGCGAGGGACAGUCUACUGGACAGAUGGGCUGCAGACCAAGCGCGUUCAUUUGCGUUCAUGAAGGAGUCCCUCAAUAACGAGCGACGGAAAGCCAGGGUCCGAGCUGCCAACUGGGAGGUUCAGUCAGAUGAGAUCCACUCCGAUAGCUUGAAUUUCGGCAGCGAACCCAUCACACCAGUCAGUAUGACAAGGUAUGUUGAUGUGGAGGCUGGCCGGGGCAAGCAUCGUAAGCCCCUGGAUAGUGCCAUAGGAAUACUCACCGAGGAUGACCUCGAAGAUGUUGCGGUUGGCCACAUUAUGUCGGAGUCGUUGCCUUCUGACCCAGCUGAUUUAUAGCCUGUUUUCGCAUGCAUUGCAAAUCUUGACAUGUUAUUCGACUGAGGAUCAGUUUCAAGGUAUAUUUUGGGCGGGCAGUCAUGUAGUGGAAUAUGUUAUUCACUUUGUCAUAUAUGCUGGCC